CACACACACACGCGCGCGCACCUCUAAAGACGUCUUCAGAUGGGCAGCGGCUGCUUCUUCACUCUCUCUCUACAGAAUGAGGAAUAAACAGACUUUACUUCUUCUCCUCUCUGUGUGUGUGUGUACGGGCAAAUCUGAUUUCGCACCGUAUUUCUAUGAUAAUGGAUCUGGCAGCAACAACGGAAACAUGGCGCUGUUCAGUAUCGCUGAAGACACGGCUGUGGGGACUCAUGUGUACACGCUGAACGGCUCCGACCCAGAAGGGGAACCCGUGACCUACGGCGUGACCUUUGAUAAGGGAUCCAGAGAGUGUUUCAGCGUUGAGCCCAAAUCAGGGAAUGUGACGCUCGUGGAAAGUCUGGACAGAGAGGUUCAGGAUGAAAUCGCCGCAUGCGUGACCAUCACAGAUGGAAGAAACAAGGUGGUAGAAAAUGUACGAGUGUUUAUCACAGAUGUUAAUGACGAAAAGCCUGAGUUUUUAAAUCGACCCUUUAUAGUGGAUGUCCCUGAGGACGUUCCCUCGGGCAGCAGCUUCUACAGAGUCCAGGCCGUCGACAGAGACAUCGGCUCCGGGGGAAGUGUUUCCUACUUCCUGCAGUCCAGCAGUAAGUUCACCAUCGACGGUCACAGUGGCGUUCUGCGCAUCAGACCUGGUGAAUCGCUGGAUUACGAACUCGCCAGGACUCAUUUUGUCACUGUUGUUGCAAAGGAUGGAGGAGGCAAAUAUCAUGGGAAAUACCAGGUUAUGACCUCGACAGCCAUCGUAACCAUCAAUGUCCUUGAUAUCCAGGAUUCUCCUCCAGUGUUUGUUGGGACUCCGUAUUUUGGAUUUGUCUAUGAAGUCUCUGUACCAGGUUCAGAGAUAUUCACUGUUUUUGCCAAAGAUGGGGACCAGAACAGCCCCAAUCCCGUCCAUUAUUCCGUUCUCAGUGGCAGCGACGGCUUCUUCAUCAUCAACAGCACCAGUGGGAGUAUCAGCCUGACAUCAUUUCCAGUACAGCUGAGGAAUGAGUUAUACGAGUUAAAAGUCAAGGCUUCAGAGGUUGGACCUGACAGUGGGUUUGUUGACUUCUCCGUGACCACAGUCACGAUUCGUGUGGUGGACCUGAACAACCACCCGCCCACCUUCUACGGCGAGAGCGGGCCCCAGAGCCGCUUCGAGCUGACCAUGUACGAACACCCGCCGGAGGGAGAGAUUCUCCGAGGCCUGAAGAUCACGGUCAACGACUCGGACCAGGGAGCUAACGCUAAGUUCCGGCUGUUUCUGGCGGGGCCGUCUCGAGUUCUGCGUGUGGUUCCUCAGACGGUCCUCAACGAAGCCCAAGUCACCGUCAUCGUGGAAAACUCAACCGCCAUCGACUACGAGAAAUACCAGUUCUUAACAUUCAAGCUGUUGGCGGUCGAGAUCGACACUCCAGAGCGCUUCAGUGCCACCGCAGAUAUUGUGAUCAAUCUUCUGGACACAAACGACAACGUUCCAAAGUUCUCCUCAGAGUUUUACAUCGCCAGGAUCCCGGAAAACUCCCCUGGAGGAUCCGACGUCGUCUCAGUGACCGCAGCCGACCCCGACUCGGGGCUCUGGGGUGAAGUGAAAUACUCCAUCUACGGCUCUGGUGCAGAUCUGUUUCUCAUUCACCCCACGUCUGGCAUCAUUUACACGCAGCCCUGGGCCUCUUUAGACGCUGAAGUCAAGUCAAAAUAUAAUUUCUAUGUAAAAGCUGAAGACACUGAGGGGAAAUACAGCCUUGCAGAGGUUUUUGUCACUGUGCUCGACCAAAAUGACCAUCGGCCAGAGUUCAACCAGAACUUCCUGGAAAAGACCAUGAUCAUCGGGGCGCCGGUGCAAAUACAGGCUGUGGAUGAGGACGCAGAGGAACCCAAUAACAUCAUUGAAUAUUCCAUCAUGAAAGCCGAUCCAGACGACAUCUUCGACAUUAACUCGUCCACGGGAGAGAUUAAGCUGAAGCCGUACAUCAGGUCUAUGGAGAUCGUGCAGAACAUCACCAGACAGAAGGACUGCAGGUGGUCAGUUCUGGUCCAGGCCCGGGAUCGAGGCUCUCCGUCCUUCAGCACCACAGCGGUCGUGAACAUCGACAUCACCGAGCCGAAUGGGCUCAAAGGGCCCAUGGCCGUGUUUCUAAUGCAGAGCCGAGAGAAUCCACUGAAAGCUCUUGGCCUGGCGGUCGGCUUCAUCGCUGUUAUGGUUUUGGUGACAGUUUUGAUCUCCACUCUUCUGUUCUUUCGCAACACAAAGUCCAAUAGGAUCAGGCCAGCGCGGCGCAUCAUUCGCAGGAGGGCCAAAGAGCCUCAGCACUGGAGCUUCAGGCCAGCGUUUGGACACGACCGCAACCGCGAUGAGGAUGAUGAAGACACGAGUGACAAGCUCAAGGGAAACAACAGCAGCUCCAGAACCAAGCGACCCAUUCCCAGCGCUCCAGUCCUCCCUCCUCCUCCUCCCGGGCCGACCGGGCCUCAGCGGGACCAGCGGGACGUGCCCUCGGUGUCCGGGUCCAUCAGUCGCUGCUCCGGGUCCAUCAGUCGCACAGACGGCACUGGCAUCAGCUCCGCUCUCGUUUCGGAGCUGAAAAUGAGAAUAGAACAGAAAAUUAUCGAGGCAAAUCGAGGUUAUUAUUACUGACACACUGACGCAUUCCACAUGGGUUACGUGUGAGUUUGAUGGACCAAACGUUUGAUGUCACAAGCAGCUCUUUGUGAAGAAUGU